GGAGGGAAAAAGAAAGAAAAGAGAGUGUGUGUGACUCUCUCUCUCUUUCUCUUACUCUUUCUCUUUCUUUUCUCCUAAAACUAAAACCCUCUCUCUCUUUCUCUCUCCUCUUUCGAUUUCUUUCACGAUUCUCUCUCUCUCUUCAUUUUGUCUCCUUCCUCGAUCUGCAACAACACCUCUGCUCCCUCUUCUUCCCUUUCUCCCUUUCCCCAUUUUGCCGCAUUGCUACGUUCCUUCCGCAACAUGAACGGGCCCCUCCCGUUCGGUUUUAGGAGAACAAAUUGAGGACAAGGGGCAGUUUGAUGGUUUCAAAGAUUUGGGUUUCUUUGUUAGUGGGUAUGUGUUAAGUUAAAUAUAACUACUCUACGCUGAGCUGAAUUUUGGUCAAAUGACACGGGGGAGGAUAAGGGCAAGGCUCCGGAGGAGCAAUCUUUACACAUUUGGUUGCCUUAAGCCUUCUACCAUUGAGGAACCACCUCAUCCACUUCAAGGUCCCGGGUUCACGCGAACUGUGCAUUGCAACCAGCCUCAACUCCAUGAAAAGAAGCCUCUAUAUUACUGCAAGAAUGAUAUAUCCACCACCAAGUACAAUGUUAUCACGUUUUUCCCCAAGGCACUCUUUGAACAGUUUCGUAGGGUUGCUAAUAUAUACUUCCUUUUGGCUGCGUGUCUGUCAGCCUCGCCAAUUUCGCCUUUCAGCCCACUGAGCAUGAUUGCUCCAUUGGCAUUUGUUGUGGGGCUUAGCAUGGCAAAGGAGGCAUUGGAAGAUUCACGAAGGUUCGUUCAGGAUGUUAAAAUUAAUCGCCGGAAGGUUAAUCGCCAUAAGGGUGAUGGCGUUUUUGGUCCCAGGUCGUGGCAGAACAUUAUGGUUGGGGAUGUGGUGAAAGUGAAUAAGGAUCAGUUUUUUCCAGCUGAUUUGCUUCUCUUGUCCUCGAGUUAUGAGGAUGGGAUAUGCUAUGUGGAGACUAUGAAUUUAGAUGGUGAGACCAACUUGAAGGUGAAAAGAUCUUUGGAGUCUACCUUGACUCUAGAUAAUGAUGAAGUUUUUAAAGAUUUCUCUGGAAUAAUACGUUGUGAAGACCCAAACCCCAAUCUUUAUACAUUUGUUGGAAAUCUUGAGUAUGAGCGCCAGAUUUAUCCUCUUGAUCCUAGUCAAAUUCUUCUCCGAGAUUCUAAGCUCAGGAACACUGAUUACAUCUAUGGGGUGGUCAUUUUCACUGGUCAUGACAGCAAAGUCAUGCAGAAUUCCACAAAAUCUCCUUCUAAACGGAGCACAAUAGAAAAGAAGAUGGAUUAUAUCAUAUACACCCUCUUCACUGUCCUUAUUUUGAUAUCUGUUAUUAGUUCCAUAGGCUUUAUCAUCAAGACUAAGUACCAAACCCCGCAGUGGUGGUACUUACGGCCUGACAUUAUUGAAUACCAGUAUGAUCCCAAUAAGAUUGGAGUGGCUGGAAUGAGUCAUCUGAUUACUGCGCUCAUUCUUUAUGGAUAUUUGAUACCCAUCUCACUUUAUGUUUCCAUCGAGGUUGUAAAGGUUUUACAGGCAACCUUCAUCAACCAAGAUAUUCAAAUGUAUGAUGAAGAAACUGGGACUCCAGCUGAUGCACGGACAUCUAAUUUGAAUGAAGAGUUGGGUCAGGUAGAUACUAUCCUGUCAGAUAAAACUGGAACCCUGACUUGUAAUCAGAUGGACUUUUUGAAGUGCUCCAUUGCCGGUACUGCAUAUGGUGUGCGUUCCAGCGAUGUUGAACUUGCUGCAGCAAAGCAGAUGGCUUCUGAUAUUGAUGAUGCGGAUUCAGAUCUCUCCAAUUUCCCUAUGCCUAAUACUAAAUCGCAAGUUUCAUGGGAUAAUGGUACAAGAUCUGAAGAAAUUGAACUGGAGACUGUUGUUACUUCCAAAGGAGAUGAGGAUCAAAAGCAUACCAUAAAGGGGUUUGGUUUUGAAGAUGACCGCCUCAUGAAUUGUAAUUGGUUGAAAGAGCCCAAUGCUGAUGACCUUUUGAUGUUCUUCCGAAUAUUAGCAGUUUGCCACACUGCCAUUCCUGAGCUGAAUGAGGAGACUGGUGUUUAUACAUAUGAAGCGGAGUCACCUGAUGAAGGGGCUUUUCUUGUAGCAGCAAGAGAAUUUGGCUUUGAGUUCUGUAGAAGGACUCAGUCAAGCAUUUUCAUACGUGAAAAAUUUUCUGCUUCUGGGCAAGUGGUUGAAAGAGAGUACAAACUUUUGAAUCUGCUGGAUUUCACUAGUAAAAGAAAGCGGAUGUCUGUGAUUGUACGUGAUGAAGAGGGCAGUACUUUUCUUAUGUGCAAAGGGGCUGACAGUAUUAUAUUUGAUCGCAUGUCUAAAAAUGGAAAGAUGUAUUUGGAAGCUACAACCAGACAUUUAAAUGAAUAUGGAGAAGCUGGUUUGAGAACACUAGCCCUGGCUUAUAGACAGCUUGAUGAGCAAGAGUACUCUGCUUGGAACAAUGAAUUUCAGAAAGCCAAAUCAUCUGUUGGGGCUGACAGAGAUGCGGUGCUUGAGCGGGUAUCAGAUAUGAUGGAAAAAGAGUUGAUUCUUGUUGGGGCUACUGCUGUGGAAGACAAACUGCAGAAAGGGGUGCCCCAAUGCAUUGAUAAACUUGCUCAAGCUGGUCUCAAGAUAUGGGUGUUGACAGGGGACAAGAUGGAAACUGAUUGGAUUCUAUCACGAAAAUUCUCUAUUAUUGAUGGGAAAACUCUGACAUAUGCUUUAGAAGAUGAUCUGAAGCACCAAUUUUUGGGAUUGGCUGUUGAUUGUGCAUCUGUCAUCUGCUGUCGUGUGUCUCCCAAGCAAAAGGCAUUGGUAACAAGGUUAGUGAAACAAGGUACUGGGAAGACUACUCUAGCAAUAGGUGAUGGUGCAAAUGAUGUUGGCAUGAUUCAAGCAGCAGAUAUUGGUGUUGGAAUCAGUGGGGUUGAAGGUAUGCAGGCUGUGAUGGCUAGUGACUUUGCGAUUGCCCAGUUUCGAUUUUUAGAGAGGCUUCUGGUUGUCCAUGGACAUUGGUGUUACAAGAGGAUUGCACAAAUGAUAUGUUAUUUCUUCUACAAGAAUAUUGCAUUUGGCCUCACCAUAUUCUAUUUUGAGGCCUUCACAGGCUUCUCUGGUCAGUCGGUUUAUGACGACUGGUACAUGAUUUUGUUCAAUGUUGUUUUGACAUCAUUACCCGUUAUUUCCCUCGGUGUUUUUGAACAAGAUGUUCCAUCAGAAGUUUGUUUACAGUUUCCAGCACUGUAUCAACAAGGACCCAAGAAUUUGUUCUUUGACUGGUACAGAAUAUUGGGAUGGAUGGGCAAUGGUCUCUAUGCCUCUCUCAUCAUCUUCUUCCUUAUCGUCACCAUCUUCUAUGACCAAUCAUUCCGUUCCGACGGCCAGACAGCCGACAUGGCUGCUGUUGGGACCACCAUGUUCACUUGCAUCAUCUGGGCUGUCAACUGUCAGAUUGCGCUUACAAUGAGCCACUUUACAUGGAUUCAGCACCUGUUUGUAUGGGGAAGCAUAACCACUUGGUACGUCUUCCUCUUGUUGUAUGGAAUGAUGUCUCCAACAUAUUCCAAGACUGCCUACCAAAUACUGGUUGAAGGGCUUGGUCCUGCCCCUAUUUAUUGGACAGCAACCCUUUUAGUCACAGUAACAUGCAAUCUUCCUUACUUUGCCCACAUAUCCUUCCAAAGAUGUUUCAACCCCAUGGAUCAUCACAUCAUCCAAGAAAUCAAGUACUACAAGAAGGACAUUGAAGAUCAACACAUGUGGACACGGGAGCGCUCUAAAGCCAGACAGGAUACCAAGAUUGGUUUCACGGCAAGAGUGGAAGCAAAGAUCAGACAACUGAAGGGAAAGCUGCAGAAAAAGCAAUCUUCCUUUGCUAUUUCAGCCCCAUCGUGACACUAUACAUAAUUUAACAGUUUUGGGUAUUCUUAGGGUUGCGUAUAUGGUUUUGACUAAAUGGGGUGAAUUAAAGUCCCAUUCACUACGGAAAAAAGUAUGGAAACUGCUGUAUGUAACAUAUUUACGUAGAAGAGUGUCAGUGUGUAAUUCUCUUACCACAUGGUUAUGAUUCAAUUGACCUUGAAGAAAUGAAACACCUAAGUUGUAUUACUAUUUUUCUUUUCUUGGGCUAGGGGUUUUUAUAUAGUUUUAUUUGUUUAGAACUUCUAGUUCCCAAUUUUUCUUCCCCAUAGGAUGAAAUCCAUUCUUUAUUUAUUAUACUA